AUGGAGGCGACCGCCGGCCUUGCAGAGGCGGGCAGCAGCAGCAGCAGCAGCGAGCUGGAGCUGCUCCAGUGGCUGCUGCACUGGUCCGGCACGAUGCGGUACCCGCGGGCCGGUCCCUGGGCGGGUCGCGCCUUCUACCUGCUGAACGCGGCCGCGUCGGCGGCCAUCGUGCUCUUCCUCUGCUCGCAGGGAGUCGCCAUCUGGAGGGAGGGCACGCGCGACCUGGACCGCUUCACACUCAUGCUCUCCACCUUCAACACCAUCGCCACGUGGCUCUUCCGUCUCGGCCACAUAGCCGUCCACGAGCACCAAUUCCACUACCUCUCUCUCCAAAGCACGCAGAGUCUCGUGCAGGCGGGGAAGUUCAGCUGCUACCUUACCGUCGUCCUCGUGGAGCUGUUUAUGUACUGCUGGUUUGGGGACGACCUCAUCACAGAGAGCGAGAACGUCACUAUGGCAGCCUACACAGCAGUGACGUCACUACAGGGGUUCCCCGCUGAUGUCCGGAAGUCGCUGCUGAUUGUCAUGACCCGCGCUCAGCGCCCCCUGCGCAUCACCGCCGGUGGGCUGUUUCCCUUCUGCAGGGAAUCCUUCGUCUCGGUUCAGUACAGGGACCAGCCAUGCAAAAACUGCCCUCUCUAG